UCCAAAGUCCAAAAUUCGAACGAUUGGAUGACAUACGAAACGCAGAUAAGAGAAAAUUGGUGGGAAAACGAAAGUACGGAACAAUCAAAGAUAGCUGAAUUCCAUCAAUGGCGGGUUCAGCUUCAGCCCUCUCUCUCUCCAACUCUCUCUCAUCCCUCUACUCCAACCGCGCUUUCGAGAAUGCCAAACCGUCUUCCUCUUUCGAAAAGCGGCUCUCAUUUACCUGCUUCUCGUCCAAGAAGAAAAAACUCGGCUUCAUGGACCAGAUUCUCGAUUACAUUGAAGGUGGUCCAAAGUUGAGGAAAUGGUAUGGAGCUCCUGAUAUUCUUGAGAAAGAUGAAGAUGAACUGAACGAAGAUGAGGCUCCAGAAACAGAGGAAGGCGAAGUUAGAGAUGCAGUGUUAGUAACUGAUGGGGACAAUGAGAUUGGUCAGAUGAUUAUACUUCAGCUGAUUGUCAAAAGACUUCGAGUAAAAGCUCUUGUGAAGGACAAGCGCGUUGCCAUGGAAGCAUUUGGCGCUUAUGUUGAGUCUUUGGCUGGAGAUCCAAAGGAGAAGACCUUCUUGAAGAAGGCCUUUAAAGGCGUCCGUGCAGUUAUAUGCCCAGUUGAAGGAAGCUUGUACAACGUGGAUGGCUGGAAAGGCCUGCAGCAUGUGAUCUUAUUGUCUCAGCUGUCUGUUUAUAGGGAUUCUAGCGGCAUCCAAGCCGUCAUGAACAGCAACGCAAGAAAACUAGCUGAGCAAGAUGAGGAUGUGGUGAAGGCCUCUGGUGUCCCUUACACCAUCAUCAGAACUGGGAUCCUGAAAAACACCCCUGGGGGGCAACAAGGUUUCUGCUUCCAUGAGGGUUGUGCAGCAAAGGGAAGUCUUAGCAAAGAAGAUGCUGCUUUUAUUUGUGUAGAGGCAUUAGACAAUGCCCCUCAGAAUGGAUUGCUAUUUGAGGUUUCGAAAUACAACUACUCAACUCUCUCAUGCAGUUAUUUUUUCACAUCCUAUUUUUUUUUUAUAUUGGAGUUCGUUACAGGUAGUUAACGGUGACGAGAAGGUUUCCGACUGGAAAAAAUGUUUUGCUGCUUUGAUAGAAAGAUCGAUGUAGGAGCUCGAGAUCCAAAUGGUCUGACCAGACCCGGUUCGUAUCUAAUGAUUAUUGAAGAAAAAGAGAGAUUACGUUUGUAUUAUUAUUUGUACAAUUUCUAAAAGACAAAAUUACCCUCGAAUCGAUGCAAAGUGUAUGAUCAUCAUCCAUCGAUCAAGAAUCUAAUGAAUUGAGACAAACCCUUUAAAUCUAAUCAAUGUUGGCUUUUUGUCCAA